CUUAAAUAUAUACAAUACAAUACCUCUCUCCCUCUCUCUCUCUCAUAUAUACCGACAAACCAACUUUACUCUCAGUACCAAAAGCUCUCUCUCUCUCUCUGUUUGAUUUCUCUAUACAAACCCUAAAGACUUUUACUCUACUAUAGUAUCCCUUCCUUUUAAUCUCUUUCGUCUUCUUCAUCCCCUCACAGAGAGCGAAAGAGAUAUUUCUUCUCCUAGAUUCAGAUCUUCUUGUAGAUUCUCACUCUCUUAAAGUCUAGAUCUUUGCUGUCUAGGUAGGUGGUAAACCAAAGCCCUUGUCGAAAUUGGUAAUAUAUGGCUGGUGGUGUCGGAUUAUGGCAGGCUUUUUCUCGCUAGGACACGCCGGAGGAGACGGAGGAAGAGGAGACAGCCAAGACGACCACCACCACCGCAGAACCAACACUAGUAACCCUUCUCCCUCGGGAACAGAAUCUUGGCUUUGGUGCAGAAACCCUAACUCAAACGCCAACGCCAACGAUGGGGGUGGAGAUGUCGCUCCUUCUUACAAAGGAACCCUUGAGCUAUGGCAACACCCAAACAAUCAAGAGAUCAUAUUCCAGCAGCAACAACAACAAAGGCUGGAUCUUUACACCUCUGCCGCAGGUCUAGGUGUCGGACCAAGCAACCGGAGCUUAAUUGAAACUUCCGGCGGGGCGUUGAUGAUGAUGAGAAGCGGUAACAGCGGCGGUGGACCGAGCUGCCAGGAUUGUGGCAAUCAAGCAAAGAAAGAUUGCGCUCACAUGCGGUGUAGGACUUGUUGCAAGAGCCGAGGGCUCGAGUGUUCAACUCACGUGAAGAGCACGUGGGUUCCCGCCGCUAAACGCCGAGAACGUCAGCAGCAGCUUACUUCCGGUCAAGAACCGCAGACGCAGGCGCAGGGUGAGAGCGUCCCUAAGCGGCAGAGAGAGCAUUUCCCGGCGAGAUCGAACUCGCUUGUUUGCACUCGUGUAGCGGCUAUCAACACCUCAGGGUUAGAGAUUGGGAGCUUUCCGCCGGAAGUAAGCUCGCCGGCAGUGUUCCGGUGCGUGCGUGUGAGUUCCAUAGAUGAUGAAGAAGAGGAGUAUGCGUACAAAACAGCUGUGAGUAUAGGCGGUCACGUCUUCAAAGGCAUUCUCUACGACCAAGGUCCGGCCGAGAGAAGCUCCUCAGGCGGUGGAUCUCAGCCGUUGAAUCUCAUAACCGCAGCCUCUUCAUCAAGCCCGAACGUGAGCUGUAACAAUGGAGUCGUUGGAUCCACAUCAGAUCACUACAUCGAGCCUGCCUCUCUUAAUUACCCUACUCCCAUCAACACUUUCAUGACUGGUACGCACUUCUUCUCCAACCCAAGAUCUUAAAAUUCCCAACACAGAGUAAAAGCUAUUCAAAACUUUUUUUUUUUUUUUUUUAAAGAUUCUUCUUACGUUAGAAUUAAUUAAUUAGGGUUUAAACAUCAAUCUUCUGAGGAGGAGAUUAUAACAAAGUACUAGUAUCUUCGUUAUCAGAAGUAAAUAACCAGAGAUAAUGUGUUCCUUGAAACUCAUCAAUUUGUUACCUGAUCUCUUUUUAUUAUUAUACUUUCAGUUUAUCUAGAAAAGAAGUUCUCUUGGUUAUUAGCAUAUUUAUUUGAAUAUUUUGUAAUAUACUCCAAUUUUCAACUGUAAAAAAAAAAGUCAACGAAGCUGUCUCUGUAAAAGUUCACAUCAACAGCUUCCCAGCUGGCAGUUUUCAACUGUGAUCGCUAAGCUUAGCCUGGUUCUUAUCAGCUUUUCACAUUACUUUUAUUUAUUUAUUUUAUUUUGUUGAUGUUUAAUCAAAACAUUAAUUAGU